UUAAUUUUAUUUUAUUGCUAUAAAGGACAUACGACCGGGCAAAUAUUACAAGGUAAAUGUCGCGAAAAAAUGUAAUUAUAUAUAUACUUUUCUUUUACCUAUAGUACUUACAUAAACUAACUGAUAAACACAUUAACCUUCUUUACAUCACGCAAUUGAGUGAUAGUAUAGGCUAAAAAAUCUAUUAUAAGAUAUCAGUGACAGCCCUAACAAGCCAUCCCUAUUUUGUCUUUUCGCGUUCCAAUUUUGUGUUUUCUCGUCCCUAAUUUUUCCAGUCUCGUUCCAAAUUACCCCACAUACGUCCCAAUUUUCCCCAAAAAGAAAGGAAAAAAUAUACAUUUUUUAUUUUGUCAAAAUAUUGUAUUUAAAAUAAGAAUAUUGCAACUUACCGUUUGUUGUGGUAUUUCCAGGUGUAUUAAAAACUUAUAUAAACUGUGAUCUUAUUGAAAAAACAACGAUAAUAUUACUUUUUAAAAAGUUCUUUAAGCUGUUUUAAAACUCACUUUUCAACCACUAUUUUCAAUUUAAUUUGACGAAUUUUUGGGACCAACUUAACUCAUAUUUAGUACUUCCAUAGUUAACUUGGUUUUUCUUCUAUACAUUGAUAAAUAUUAACAUAAACAAAAUUAGGUAGAUUCCGUGCUACAGGUACUUUGAGAAUCUUCCGCAGGUUUGUCCCAAUUUACCCCAGGAUCCCAAUUUACCCCAUGUCAUGGUACCUGUUUAUUUAUUAAAAUUUUAGAAAUAAAAACUCUCAAAUUAUUUCAAUAGUUUUUUUUGAUACAAUACGUGCCGGUCCACAACUAAGUAAACGUUUAAAAGUUCUAGAUUUAAAAUUACUUUCUAUAAUUUUAAAAUUACGUUAUCAAAAAAGGUAAUAAAAUUGUGUACUACCAUGAGUACAGUAACUAAAAGCUGGCUCGGAGUACCCAUUAGCGAAAUACGCGGUUCCCAAUCGCCGUGGGGUGCUCCAGAAUUUCCGUUAGUGGUGCCAGCAUACAAUCAUUCCGUUUUGUAUCACGUGCAGAACGGUAGACCGAUUGAUGGAGACAGACCGCCAAAACCGCAGAUAGGACGUGAUAAGUGGGAUCAUGAGUUUGUAAGGAUGCCGUGUUCAAAUCAGAGCCUUUAUCCAUUUGAAGAUAGCAACGGUGAUUGCCACUUGAAAAAGAGAUGGGAGGUUAUAGAGAGUAGUCUCUGGAAACCUAUCAGGGACAGUCGGGAACUGGCUAACACUAUACUCAGCUACAAUACAAAGUUUAAGAAAAUAUGGAAAUUCAAAGCCUUACACAAAUUGUUCAGUGAAUAUCUAGAUGAAGAAGAAACACAAUACUUCUUUGAUGUUACAUUACCUGAGAUAGCGAAGUUAGCGUUGGCAUUGCCAAAAUUGAUUCAGUCACCCAUACCACUACUGAAACAACACAAGAACUAUUCUAUAUCGUUGUCACAACAACAAAUAGCAAGUAUCCUUGCGAAUGCUUUUUUCUGUACUUUUCCACGACGGAAUACAAAAAAGAAAUCAUCUGAAUACUCAUCUUAUCCACACAUCAAUUUUUAUACAUUGUACGAGACAGAUGGUUCUGAAUCAGUGUUAGAAAAGUUAAAAUGUUUGUGUCACUACUUUCGAAGAGUGUGCACUAAAGUCCCGGGCGGCGUAGUGACUUGGACCCGGCGCAGCGUGCCGCCGCGGGGCUGCCCCGCGUGGGGCUCCAGUGGGUCUCCGCUGUCGUCCCUCCCACUGCACGUAGACUCCGACACCACUAUAGAGGAUGCUCACGGACUCAUACAGGUCGACUUCGCUAACAAGUACUUAGGUGGUGGUGUAUUGAACUAUGGUUGCGUGCAAGAAGAGAUAAGAUUCGUGAUAUGUCCAGAGCUGAUGGUGUCGAUGCUGUUCACGGAAGUGCUGAGGCCCAAUGAAGCAUUGUUAAUUGUUGGCUGUGAAAGGUACAGCAGGUACACGGGCUACGCGAGCACGUUCCAGUGGGCCGGGGACUACCGGGACGAGACGCCCCUGGACUCGUCCGGGCGGCGGCGCUGCGCCGUGCUGGCCAUAGACGCGCUGCCCUACCCCAGCACCGUCCAGGAGUACAGGGAGGAAAUGUUGACCAGGGAACUUAAUAAGGCCUGGAUAGGUUUUACGUUUCACGCGGACCCAGAGUCCAGUACGCUGCAGUACCCGGGCGUGGCGACCGGCAACUGGGGCUGCGGCGCCUUCGGGGGCUCCCCGCGGCUCAAGGGUCUCCUGCAGGCGAUGGCGGCCGCGCAGGCCGGGCGGCCCCUCGCUUACUUUACGUUCGGCGACGCGGAGCUCAGGGACCACAUCGUAGACGUGUACAACGCGCUGGCCAAGUGUGGCGUCACCGUCGGUCAGCUGUACCGACUCAUUGUUCGUUUCUCAAAAACGAAUGUACUCAGGUCGGACCUUUACGAUUUUUUGCAUCAGGUGUUGAGAGACGGGGAGGUGGAUAAGCUCAGGGGAACUCAGCACGAGCGCAUGGAGACCGACUCAACACCGGGCACGUCGACAAUGGAACUGUCCGACUCCCUACAGACGGAAUUACUCAAAGAGUUUACAUCGACCGAUUCACCGGACCUAUUCUCGACUGACGAAAGUUUAAUCGAGAUUAAAAUCGAUAAGAGCGAUCCGAGUGACAACACUGGCUGUCACUCGCAGCUGUCAAACUGUACGUCAAAGUUGUUUGACGAGAUGCAGAAGCUGGAUGAGGAAGACGGGCUGACGAGCUUGUCUAUGCCCCAAGAGUCGCCUCUGGAACAGAACGCGAGUUGCGACGGCGAUCUGCCCAAGCGACCCGCAGAUGCGACUUCGGAAUUGAAGGCCAGAGUCAAUAGGAAAAUAACAGAUUAUUUUAGCAGAAAACCUGUUUAAAAGUUUUGUUACGUAAUAAAAUUAAUUUUAUUUAAAA